AACAUAGUUGUAAAAGCCAAAGAUUUUGUAGCGCUUGGCUAUUGUCCAUUGUCCAGUUUGUUGUGUUCGUUACAUACCGACUCACAACCCGGACCACUGGAGUUGCCGAACACUAGUUUACAACGCAGCGUUCUUGAAUAUUUAUAAUUUGCGUCUUUUUAUUUUGUUGUAAAUGAUAGUAAUACGGGUGUGUUGAUUGGGCCAACAGUCAAUUAGUCAAGGAGGGUGUCCGUGAAUGGAGAGAAAUGCAUCGAGCUGUUGGGUACACGCUACACGGGACUAUUCUGGUGUUAUGUGUCCUCAACAUUGUGUUACUGACAUAUAACAACGGCAUCUACAACCUUUACCACGAUGACCUCUCGCUGACAGUAAACGGCGUGAACCUCUCCGGCUACCUGAUGAAGCCAGAUGUGCCCUUCUCAGUACAUGUCUUGCUCCUGCUGGUCGGGGGCUUCAUCCCGGGGGUGACUGGCCUGGGUCUCAUCACUGUCAACAAGAGGAUGUCUAGUAACGUUCGUCUCGUCCACGUAGUGAGCGCUGUAGGAGGCACGAUAUGUGGAGCUGUGUUGAUGGUGACGGAGGCGACAAGUAUACAUGAGAUCAACGGAGUGUCAUGCAGCAGGGAUAACUACUGGGGAUCCUGUGGAUGCGGAUAUGAUUUCAUCUUUGGAUUACCAAUCAAUGCAGCAGUGUGUGAAAUGAGGGAUGUGAGGAUCACCUACCUGGCGGUGUUGUGUUUGAGCCUCAUCUGUGACGUCAUCAGUCUGGUUUUAACAAAUAGAAUGGGGAAGGAUCUCCCGGACACAAAGAGCAAGAUCACGAGAGUGAUGCCAAUAUCGUGACCUUCUCCGUGAACUCCUCAGGUCAAGGUCAUCUGGAGAUAUUUAUGGCGGAAUGGCCGUCCUGGGUCACAAUGAAGACACAUAUAUUUUGUUCUAGAUUAGUGUUUUGCGUUAUAAAGGCGAUGUAAUCUGAUGUACAGAAGCAGCCAAAAUCGUAUUUGAUGCUGUGUCAAAACGUGUAUGAACGUUACGUUUAUUUGAAAUAAAACGUCAUAUAGGUGACGCAUUAUUAAUAAUCAUCUGGGGCGGUCGGGUAGCCUAGUGGUUAAAGCGUUGACUCGAACCCGAAUUUAAUUCCCCACUUGGGUACAAUGUUUGAAGCCCAUUUCUGGUGUCCCCGCCGUGAUAUUACUGGAAUUGUGCUAAAAGCGGCGUAAAACCAUACUCACUCACUUACUCAAUCACUCAUUAACAUCUAAUAUAUAGGAUACAUUUCAAUUUACUGCUGACAUAAAUAUUCUUCUUUGAAUUGUCCAUCAUAAUUCCCGGCGUGUGUCGUAUUAAGCGUAGGACGUAGCAGGAAGCAACAGUUUAUGUUGUGAUGUUCCACGGCAAUUAGCAAAUCAAGAACACAUAAUUAACGUGUUGAUACAAAUAUUCAUUUCCAUUCAAAAUUGCCCUCUUAGAUGGUUCGCCUUUCUCAAUAUUUCAUUGGUAUUAUGUUGUGAAAGUAGAUCCCUCAAAGGAAUAAAGACGCAACAGCAAUUAAUGUCUUAAACUCUGAUUGGUCGAAAACAGACAUGUGACCUUUUUCCAACACCUAAAUACGAUGACUUCAUCACUGGGUCACUGUGGCGCUUCCAGUCUAAGGGUCAGUAUUAAUCAAAGGGCACUAAAUUCAGCCCAAAAGUUUCCCU